UAAGUGUUCAGGGAAAUUGAACCUUUCAGGGUUCAAAUUAAAGAUUUUGAAUUGUCUAUAACUUUUAUGUAAAGUCUCUUCCAAUGGAACCAUGAUGUUCGGCCAUAGAAAGAAAAAAAUAGAUAUCUUUUUUCUAAAAAAAAAUAGUCAAAAAUCACGAGUAACAUUCAUAUGGGGAUGUCUGUCUUCACCCCCCUUUAAAACGUAGUCAUAGGUCCCAAGUAUACUUAAAUUAAAGAGGGUUUUUCCUUACAACCUUUUUGCAACACUGAAACUUCGUUAAAGGUCUAGAUGAUGACCCCCCCCACUCCCGAAGAGGGUGGGAUGGGGAAGGGUCGAAAGAGGAGGUCUCCCCCACCACUGUACCAUAAAAAGUUCGUGGCAGUCUCACCCCCGAAGCUAAAAACCUAACCUAAAAAAAUUACCAAAAGUCACUAGUCGCACUUAUUGGGGUAUACCUCCCUUAAUUGCCCUUUACAACGUAGUGUAGAUCCCAAAAAGUAUUAUAAAGAGGGUUUUCCCCACAAUCUCCACUAUAAUGUUCACUUCCAAAAUUGGCGAAACGUAUGUCCACUGAAAAUUUUUUAUGAUCCAUACAUGCGAUCUAUAAGUAGAUACCUAUACAGCACAAGAUCAUUCACCUAUUUAACACAAAUUUUCCACUCGAAAUUUCUCUUUAUAAACAUAUAUCUCUGUAAAAUUGCUUGGCUCUAAAUUGUACUAAAAUUUUUUGUUUUAAAAAGUUUCCGUCUCGGUCUAGACUCAAAAGAAUGGUUUAAAGUUAUAAAGUACUAUAAAUGGAUUGUACAUAGUACAUACGUUAGCCAUAUAUAGAUUUACAUAAAGUACAUUUUUAUACGCAUAUAUACAUGUGCAUUUAUGUAACUAUUCCAAAUUAAUUUUUUUUACAGCAUACUAAACUGCCACUCGCAAUUGCUGUGAAUAUAUUUUCAUCUGUGUGUCUAUUGGAAAAUUUAUUUUCACGUUUUCGCAGUUGUAGAAGCUCAUUCGGUUCGUUUAUGUCUUGAACGGUGAAUAAAAUGAUGCUUCUACUAAAAUUUUAAGAAAAUGUAUUCAUAAAAUUUUCUAAGUAAAAAUAAAAUUGUGAAAAAUAGUGGCAGUGGUGUAAAUAAUUACAUGCAAAAACAGAAAAAAAAAACUACAUAGGACCGAAUGUAUGUAAUAAUUCAAAGGAUAACAGUUGUAACCAAGAUCAAUUUUUACGAUUGCAAAUUGUAACGUAGAGCGGCCAUUUUCAAAUCAAAAUGGAAGUUGGAGCGAGUUGUUACAGCUUAGCGGCAACCGAAACUGCCGAACAAAGAAGAAAAGAUGAAAAAGUAACGGAAAUUAUUACCAGCUGUACCUCGCUUACUCAGUAUGAGCAAAAAGCAUCUUUUCAUGCCUACUUUCCUCAGAUUUUGGCCGCCCUUCUGGCAGCUUCGUUUCACGUAGCUGCGGGAAUGACUUUAGCUUAUUCUGCAGUUCUAAUACCUCAACUUGAAGAUCCCAAAAGUGACCUUAAGGUCACGCCUGAAGAAAGCACCUGGAUAGCAAGUUGUCUAAUGCUUAUAAUGCCAAUUGGUAAUGUCAGCGGUGGUCUAAUAAUGGAAAAAAUUGGUCGGCUAAAUACCCUAAAAUUAGCCGCCCUUCCUACAUGUUUGGGCUACGUCUUGAUAGCCACUGCUAAAAAUAUUCCCAUGCUGCUAGUAGGGAGGCUACUUACUGGAUUUUCAAGUGCAUGGGGUGCUAAUCCAGCUAUGGUUUUCAUAACUGAAAUUGCAAGUCCCCAAGUUCGAGGAAUUCUCAUAUCAAUCGCCCAAACAUUUGCUGCAUUAGGCAUGGUCCUGGCAUAUCUCUUUGGCUGGAUCCUGGACUGGAGAAUAGUAGCCUGGAUAGCCAAUACAUUUCCAAUUUUGGCCGGACUCUCCCUAAUCAUCGUUCCUGAGAGUCCAGCGUGGCUGGUUAGCAAAGAUCGACAGGAUGCAGCAAGGAAGUCUCUAGAGUGGUACUACAAAAACUUCCCCCAACCCGAAAACAGGAAGUCCACCCUGGCACAAAUGCAACUGGACCUUUUAGUUAAGGACAACGAACAAAAGAAAGCGGAAAGGAAAAACGAAAAAGAAAGCACAUUUAGAAAGUUCGUCCGGGGAUUCGUGAAACCUACAGGAUACAAACCAUUCCUAAUCAUGUUUGGAAUAUUUUUUGUGCAACAAUUCACUGGCAUCUACAUCACACUGUUUUACACAGUCAAUUUUGUAGAGGAUAUUGGGAGCGAUAUUAAUCCGUAUGGUCUGUCGGUUUUCAUAGGCGUUAUACGUUUUAUAAUGUCAGGUUUAGGGGCCAUUACGAUCAAAAAAUGUACUAGACGAGGAUUACUCAUUUGGAGUACUUUAGGAAUGGCAGUGUGCAUUGGGAUAUCUGGUCUAUUUACCUCCUUUAUCACCAACGGUAGGUUACACCAUUAUCAUUAUCAUCAUAAGGUCAUCAGUCCUAAGACUGGUUUGACACGUACCUCCACU